AUGACAUUUAUCUGUGUUAAGAUGUCAAAUGGAACAGAGAUAUAUUUGACAGGGGAGGGAGCGCAUCAUUGGCGCCAAGGCGAACACAAGCGUGUUCUUCAAGAUUCGCACCUCGCGUCGAUUUUAGUUGAAUGUGCUAUUAUCAUCAACGACAAUGCGGGUCUCAUGCAUGAGGACAACAACUACCUACAGGAACGUUUACGUGACAGGGCAAGGCUGACCAUGUUUCGAGCCCGCCCAAUACUGGUUGACGAGCAAGCCUCCGGUAGCAUGUUCCUCUCUAUCGCCACUCAGAGACGAUGGUCGUACUUCUCACCCACGACGAUUUGGACACUUUCUUCUGGAACCGACCGCUGGUAUACCACGAUGAUGAACCAUCUUAGGGUGGAUCUCAACAUUUACACUGGAGAGCUGCUAGUUAACGAUCUCCCUUCCUCUCGUCUGCCUUUAGAGUAUGUUUGUCACUCUGACUACAAGAGACUCUUCAACGAUUCUCUACUUUUGGUGAUGCCGAGUACAAGUCCGGGGAUGACAUUUUGCACGGCCCAACCUUUCCAUGGGUAUACGGCUCAUUUUGGGAGACAGGCACAAGACUUGUUCAUUCGUUUGGAGAAUGGUAUGACAUCAUUUGACCUCGUCCCUCAGAGAAUCUUUGCUGGAGUACUGCCGGACUCCUUCGUUGACGGAUACAUACAUUGGUACGAUAAGAACACCAAAGUCAUCAGUUUCUGUCUCCCGAACGAUCCGUUUCCAAUAAAUUCGGAAGAAUGGCGCCUUGAACAAGGUGCUCGGUCAUGGAUGUUACAUCGAAACAACAAAGUAUUUCUUCUAUCGCCUCUAGGCGAAUUGGGCCAACGCAUUGCAGCAGUCAUGGCCCACCUUGAGACGUCAUUGAAUGUACAUAUUCUUUAUGACGAAGAGAAGAAGCGACUGGAGAUUUUACUACCGAGGCUACACCUGCAAUUUUACCAAGAGGAAGGAGACACGGCCCUCUGGUCACGACAAUAUGGUAAUAUGCGAGUCGAUGAGAACCAGACAAUCGGAAUGCUUGUGGGCUUCAGGAGCAAGCUCGUACUCCGCAAUGACCAAAAUCCACCAAUGAGGAUGCUCAUCAUUCCCGAGGGCGAACUCAAGUACAAAAAGCAGAUUGUCGAUUCAAUCCAUGACCACAUUGUUGUGUCUGUACUUCCCGGUACAAGUCGACGUGUUCAGCCUUACCAGAUGGACGAGCUCCUUGGCCGCUUAGUCGCAAACACGAAGCUUGAGAGCAAGCUCUAUCUCGCACAUCUGCAUGCUCUUACUUCUUUCUAUCUCCCCGAUCCAUUCCUUGGACAGCGAGGCGCCGAUAUGGCCCUGGAGAUCCUCCGUUCCGCACCGAUUCACGCGCCUACGAGCUUGAGUCUUGCUGCUCGCCACACAUUGAAUCUCAUCGCUGCACUGGCCCCAAGUCGUCACUACUGUCCGGACGGCUAUAGAUCGAUUCAGCACGUGGCUUGGUCUCCGGAAUUGAAUCUUACGGCCCAAGAUGAUAGAUUCUUUGACACCGUCCAAAAUGUUUUGCAGCGGUUCUCUGAAGUCGAAUUCCUCUUCGCAUCCCCAACAACAGCUCCAUCAGAUGUCCCAACGCACACAACUAUGCAACUCGUUCAGCGGGCCAUAUCUCGUGACUACAACCAAAAUAUCCGCACCAAUGAUGGAAUCUAUCACCCGAGGGGUACGGAAAACUCCACUCGAGCAGCGCGCGCGGCUGAGAUAGCCAUCCGAGCUUUCCAUCAUCGUGAAUGUCUCGUGCAGCCCGUGUGGCUCCGAAAGCCAAGCAAUUUUGUCUCAACCCACUGGUGUCAAUUGCACUGUGCAUUCCAAGAGAAUCAACAAUGGCUUAACAAGAUAGAGCUGAUGGUAUGGCUCUCAACAAUAGCAUACUCCAACGAGCAAGAUGACCAGAUCACCCAAGCACUUCUCAUGAUGGCACUAUCUCCAGCUGUGGCAGCUGCUACACUGCCCUCGAGCGAGUCUCAUGAUCUCUCUAAGGGCUACGAUUUGCGACCUGAAACGAUAGAGGCAGCGGCAUCUCUCCACAUGAUAAGAUCUAAGCAAGGUCCAGAAGGAAAGUCACGGGCGCGAACCGCCAAGGGCGAUGGAAAGAUCGCGGAUCGAAUGAAGCGUGAGCUUGGGAAAGACAAGAAGCAAGCGAUACAUAUUUUCAGAGAUGGACUCGCGAGACAGUGGCCCUGUCAGACUCCGAAAAAGCCAAGCGAUUACCACAUGGAGUCAUACAUUGAUGUCGCGCAAGCGUUGAAGUCAGUGACCCCGGCUUGGAGAACGUGGUGGGCCAACAGAGGGUUCAAGCAGUAUCUCGAAGCGUUUGUUGCUACGCUCAAAACGAUUCCGGUAGAGUCUGGUAUUACUGGAAGCCGAUGUUUGUUCCCUGCAACAGAAACCACUGAGCGGAUACGAGUCAUUUCUCCGGUGAUGAAUAUUUUUCGUCACGAUGCUCCCAAUAUCAGUCUCGGUCCUCGUUUGGCUUUUGGGAGUCUUAUUGAGAAGUCUCCUUCAGAUUCCAGGGAUAAUGAGAGACUAGCGCAGGUGAUCAAUUUUCUAGAUUCCAAAGACAGGCUUCAAUAUGAGCGCCGGUAUCUAGAUGGAUUACGCAACAGUCUCUUAAGUUUAGAGACAUCUGACACCAAGAGCUUGACCAGAGUCGAUGAACGACGAGCUGUCUUUGAACAGCAUCUCACUCAAUGUGAAGAACAUUAUGAGCACAGCUACAGCGCCAUUUACAGGGCGAUGCAGCCAGUCUCUUGGUCGGAGUCAGAUGCAGAGAGCGCCAACGCGAAAGUGCACUCUAUUCUCCUUGGAGCUGGCAUUAUACCGACAGUCUCUCCGCUGUUUCUUCUAAAGCAACUAAGGAGGUCAAACUGGGUAAAACUGCCCAGUCCAUGGAAAGACGCUGUCGUACAAUAUGGUCUCGCCGUCGCAGCUUUGCAAAAAGCCAGGCGAAUGAUCCGGUGCCAGGAAGAUUCCAUGGAUCUACUCCGUGAGCUUGAGAAUGUUGGGCACGAGGCCUGGAGGCCCCGAGAUUACCCAGAGUGGCUGCUCAUGGAAUGCGAGAGCGACAUCACGAUCCGGCAAGCUCAACAGCAUAUCGCCAAGUUUAUGAUUCAUCCGCCAGACGGAGACAAUGCAGUAAUGCAGUUGAACAUGGGGGAGGGUAAAUCUUCCGUGAUAGUACCCAUCGUCGCUUCUGUGCUCGGUGAUGGUCAAAAGCUGGUGCGAAUUAUUGUGGCCAAGCCCCAGGCUAAGCAAAUGCACCAAAUGUUGAUCAACAAGCUAUCUGGACUUCUUGAUCGCCCGAUUUACGAGAUACCUUUCUCUAGAGACAUUCAAGUCAAUGAAAAAGGGGCUGCAGCUAUCCACCAUCUGCUGAUUGAUUGUAAGAGCAAAGGAGGUGUCUGGCUCGCUCAGCCAGAGCACCUGCUCUCCCUCCAGCUUAAAGAGCUAGAAUUGACGCUAAGCAGCUGCUUGGCUGUUGCAGAGUCCCUAGGAGAUACUCGAGAAUUUCUCGACAACUUCUCAAGGGAUGUAGUCGAUGAGAGCGAUGAAAAUUUCAGUGUCAAAUUUGAGCUCGUUGCUGAAGUCAAGUUUGAGUUUCCCCAUUCGCUUGAGAUCGAUGACCGACAUCAAGGGAGAUUGCCUAGAGUUCGAAUACUGCGUCGCGAUGCCGAGAGGAUGAUUCUCAAGCGUAUUGCGGACCAUAUUUGCGAGACUGGUUUGACCAGACUUCCCAUCUCACGCCAACCUCCUCGAAUCAGACAAGGGGUUCAUAGGUACAUCACGCAGUGGGAGUUGACCGCCACGGAAGCUGGAAAUGUCGAGCAUAGCCAGUUCUGGGACAAGACGAUCGCUAGUCAGAUCCUUCUUCUGCGUGGUCUUCUUGCUGGUGGCAUCCUUGGUUUUGCGCUUUCUCGGAAGAGAUGGAGAGUGGACUACGGUCUAGAUGAGACCAGAGAAAAAAGAACCAAGCUUGCUGUCCCGUAUCGAGCUAAAGAUAGCCCGACCCCGCGAUCUGAGUUUAGCCAUCCAGAUGUCGUAAUCGUGCUGACAUGCCUGAGCUACUACUACGGUGGACUGAAAGACGAAGCUUUAUUUGACUCAUUUGAAGCUCUCAUGCGAUCGGACAACGCGGAACUUGAGUAUCAGGCCUGGUGUACAGCGAUGAUUUUCCCUCAUUUACGUUAUUCCAAAGCUGCUAUUGACUACUACUUAUGCCGAAUGGUAUUUCCCAGAGAGUGUAAGGAGUUCCCACACAAGCUUUCGGCCUCAGGCUGGGAUCUUGCAAAACGGAAGACGCAUCCUACAACUGGAUUUAGUGGCACCAAUGACUCCAGGUAUACGCUACCUCUGGAUAUCAGGCAACUGGACAUCCCCGAGCAGAGCCAUACCAAUGCUCUGGUUUUGAAAAACUUGUUACGCCCAGAGAACGGCGUCAUUUUGAUGUCAGAGGAUGUGACGGCACAAGGCUUUGGCACUCAGUCUCUCUUGAAUGUCCUUACGAAAAUGGACUCAAGACCGCGAGUACUUCUGGAUGUUGGUGCCCAGGUCAUCGACUCCACAAAUAUAGACCUCGCCCGGAGAUGGUUAGAUCUUUAUCAGUCUGAUGAGCAAACAAGAGGAGUUAUCUUCCUCAACGACCAAGAUGAAAUCAUGGCGCUAGAUAAGAGCGGUGAGAUCCAGGAACUUUCAGGCUCCCCUUUCGUGGAUCAAAUGGCUCAAUGUCUCGUCUACCUCGAUGAAGCACACACCAGAGGAAUAGACCUGAAACUGCCAGCAGACUAUCAGGCCGCUGUCACUCUAGGAGCCAACGUGACGAAGGACAGGCUGGUGCAAGCAUGUAUGAGGAUGCGUAAACUUGGAAAAGGACAAAGUGUGAUGUUCUUUGUUCCAAAAGACAUAGAGGAAGAGAUACGACUAGUUUGUCAUCAGGAAUUUAUGGAACCUGCAAGGAUCACUGUCUCAGAUGUUCUGUCCUGGGCAAUCACAGAGACGUGCAAGGAUCAGCGUCGAGCGAUACCAAUCUGGUUGAAUCAAGGACUCCGUUUCACCAUGCAACAACCACUUUGGGGGCAUCUGAAUCACCACGAGCAAGGCAAGCCCAGAUCUCUGCGCGCCAAGGAAUUUGUGGAAGAUGAUGCUCCAACUCUAGAAAUGCGAUACAACCCAGGUAGAGCGCAGUUCGAUCUCUCAUCAAGGCUCGGUUAUAUCAAUCAGCAUUAUGCGCUCGAGUUUCGGAAUCGAUGCGAACAAUUUGGUCUCACAGACACGCACCGUGCCUCAUUUGAUGAAGAGCAAGAGCGAGAGUUAGCGCCCGAAGCUGAGCAAGAACGUCAAAUCAAGAAACUGCCCAGGGUUGAGCCAGCAGAGCAUCAAAUCCAUCCGGGUUUGGAACAGUUCAUUGUCCAGGGUACAUGGCCGACGGAUCCAUUUCGGCCAGCUUUCAAGAUCCUCGAAACUACAUCCGCGGCGCAAAGUUUUGACGUGUCCGAGUUCCCCAAUACCAUCCUGGUCACGCGGGACCUUGCUGUUACUGUGGACACAUCGUUUGGUCCAGGAAUGUACUCAGAUCUAUUCCAAAGACCCGUCCAGUGGAUUCUGAGGAACCGGGAAGAUCCUGAUGUACUCAUCAUCAGAAGUCUGUGUACGUUGAUCUCCGUCUUUACUCCGCAAAAGUCAACUUGGGAUAUGACUCACUCGACCGCUUGGAUCUCUACAGCGUAUCGCGAAGCAAAAUUCAUCGGAGCGUUCCACGAGCGACUAUUACGUCAGAACAGUGAGCACAUCGAGAUGACACACAUGGGCAAGAUCUUGCAAGGAGUUAGGCUACUUGAGAAUGAUUUUGAGCGCGGGAACAAUAGCUUCAAAGCCAUGGUUUUUUAA